AGGAGAAAAGGAAAGAAAACUCUAGGUCAACAGGUAAACCAUGACUUUGAUUGGUUUACAGUUCUUUUCUGAACCAAGAUCUGGGCUCUAAAUGAAGGCAAGAAUUUUCUCUGUAAUAAGUCAAAAAAUACCCUUUUAUACUUCCAAAUUCUUUUACCAAACCACUCUUCCUGGCAUUUUCCCACUGACCAAUCACUAAUCACCAUCAUCAUUUUACCAGCAUUUGCCUGCUAUACUUCCUGAACCCAUGAUCUAAUCUAAGGAUCAAACUAAAAUUUACUUCCAUAAAAAAACCACAGAAUUGAAAGACCAAAAACCAACCAAACUCACAAAAAAGGGAAACCAUGAAAAUGUUUGCCACCACGUCAGAAAUACCCUCCACCAAGGCCAUACUCUCCACCGCAGCAUCAGCUGCCGCGACGGCCAUGCUCCUUCGCACAGUCGCUAAAGACUAUCUGCCAAGCGAGCUUCGACACUAUAUCUACGACAAAGUCAAAAACUUUUUUAAUUCUUUCUCUUCAGAACUGACCUUUGUCAUUGAAGAAUAUGAUAACCUUAAUGAUAACCAUCUCUUCAGAGCCGCAGAACUCUAUCUUGAACCCAUUAUCCCUCCCAACCUGAAAAGACUCAAGAUUUCAUUACCCAAGAAAGAGAGUAAGGUUACUGUUUCUUUAGAGAGAAAUGAAGAAAUCAUUGAUACCUUCAAUGGAGUUACCUUGAAAUGGAAGUUUAUCUCAAGGGAAGUGCGGGUCAAGUACAUCCCAAGUCCGGAUCAUUAUAAUUCUAUGCCUGUAACUGAUCAUAGGUUCUUUGAAUUAACUUUCCACAACAAGCACAAGGACAUGGUUCUUGAUGCUUACAUAAAGCAUGUGAUACAGAAAUCUAAAGAAAUUAAAGACAAGAAAAAGACGCUAAAGCUCUUUACUUUAGGGCAAGACAGGAUGACAGGGAGGAGAGGAGAUGCAUGGCAAUCGGUGAAUCUUGAACAUCCUGCUACUUUUGAUACAUUAGCUAUGGAUAUGGAUGUGAAGCGGGUAAUCAUGGAAGAUCUUGAAAGGUUUGUUAAGAGAAAAGAGUUUUACAAGAGAGUAGGCAAGGCUUGGAAACGUGGGUACUUAUUGUUUGGACCACCAGGGACUGGAAAAUCGAGUUUGAUUGCCGCAAUGGCUAAUUAUCUCAAGUUUGAUAUAUAUGAUUUGGAGUUGACUGAUCUUAGGACCAAUUCUGAUCUAAGGAGGCUGUUGAUUUCUACUGGGAAUAAGUCGAUACUCGUGGUGGAAGACAUUGAUUGUUCAAUUGAAUUGCAGAAUAGGAUCACGGAAGCUAGAGCUCUUAAUGCUCGACAGGGUCAUGGUUACGUUCGAGACAAUCAGUAUCAGGUGACUCUAUCAGGAUUGCUCAACUUCGUAGAUGGAUUGUGGUCAAGCUGUGGAGAUGAAAGAGUCAUAGUGUUUACUACCAAUCACAAAGAAAAGCUUGACCCUGCUCUGUUGCGCCCAGGUCGAAUGGACGUCCACAUCCACAUGUCUUAUUGUACUCCAUGCGGAUUCAAAAUGCUGGCCUUCAAUUACUUGGGCAUUACAGAGCACCCACUUUUUUUGGAGAUUGAAGAGAUGAUAGAGAUAACAAAAGUGACUCCUGCAGAAAUAGGUGAGCAACUGAUGAAGAGUGAAGAACCUGAGGUUGCUUUAAGAGGCCUUACUGAGUUCCUAGAGCACAAGGGGACAGAAGAAGAGGAGAGGAAGAAGAGAGAAAGUGAUGAAAGAAUAGCUAAAAUUGAAGAAUCAGGAUUAGCAGAAGCAGAAGGUUCUCAAAAGCAGGAGAUGAGCAAUGGUUUUGUUGAGAAAAAAGGGUAGUUACAAGAAAUAUUGUUGCAACAAUCUGAAAAAACUAGAGUUAAUAAAAUAGAAGAAGCGGAAUUCAUGGCAGAAGAACAUAAGCAUGUAACAAUUUUAAGAACCACUUAUUAGGAAUGAAAUUCAUCUAUCAUGUUACGGAUACUGAAAUGUCAAUGCAGCUUAAUAUUGUGCAUUUGGAAGGCUAAUAUCUUAUUCAGA